UAUAAAUGUGUCUCCUGAUUUUGUAUUGGUUUUGUUAAGGUGUUUUGUUUCUUCUUUUUUUGUUGUUGUUGAACAUGGAGGGUACCACUGUCCAACUCUUAAGAUUUUCUCUAGCACUUUUUGGCUUUUGUGUCCAUGGGCAUAUUGGAAGUGUUGGUGGCUUUAGCAGUGGAGGUUAUCCUGGGUACUAUGAGGCUGGCCUCCCAAUGCAGGAUGUGAAGCAGCAAAGUUCCAGCUGGUAUGACCAAGGAGAUGUAUCCGAUCCCUUUAGGCCACUAAAAUCCAAGAGUUUCACUUAUGGUGCUACAGUUAAUGGUGUAUAUAACCAUGUAAACUACAGCCCUCAAACUGGCUCCUAUGGCUCUGGUCCAGUGACUAGUGUAUAUAACAUUGGUUCUGAAUCUGAUGUUCGAAGGCAAAAUCCAGGCGCUCUGAUAUCUUCAGGUGGCAGUUUUGUUUCUGGUUCUCUAGCCACUGCAUUGAGUACAAGUGUGAGAAGUAAGACCGUACCCAAGCCAGCACAGCUUAACUAUCAAACUGUAGUGCAGACUAGUAAGGAGUCUGUGGCCUUUAAUAGCCAGCAACCAGUGCAGACUGGCUCCCAGUCCAGUGGUCAACUGUUAUUUAAUGCCCAGUCCUUUGUCAAGCCCCAGAGAAGUAGACAUCAAGUUGGUUCCAAGCUAUUUUCUGGUGGCAGUCCCAUCCUGAGUUCAAGUCUUGGCCAGCAGUCCGCACAAGCCAGCUACCAAACCCUGUCCCAGCCUAGUGGACAACCAGGACAGGCUGGUUACCAGGCUCCAUCACAACCCAGCAGCCUACAGUCAGCACAAGCCAGCUACCAGUCCAUGCAACAGCCCAGUGGACAAAAACCAGGACUGACCCGAUACCAGCCUGUCUCUCAACCCAGUGGCCUGCAGUCAGCACAAGCCAGCUACCAGUCUAUGCAACAGCCUAGUGGCCAAAAACCAGGAGUGACCCGAUACCAGCCUGUCUCUCAACCCAGUGUCCUUCAGUCCGCUCAAGCCAGCUACCAGUCUAUGCAACAGCCUAGUGGCCAAAAACCAGGAUUGACCCGAUACCAGCCUGUUUCUCAACCCAGUGGCCUGCAGUCAGCACAAACCAGGUACCAGGCUCUGUCCCAUCUCGGUCGACUGCAGUCAGCACAAACCAGCUACCAGUCUGUUCCCCAACACUGUUUUAUAGGCCUCUUACACCCUAAAGAGGAGAUUGCGGAGGAAGAGACUGUGGGCUCGAGCCCCAGAGCUGGCUCCAGUGUCGGCUGCAGCCCCAGAGCUGGCUCCAGU